AUGUCAGAUGUCUACUGGGGUAGCAAGAAAAGAACAAUGUCAAACCCCCUCCGCCUUCCCGAAGAGAUCUUUGAUGAAAUCCUCCUGAGGUUGCCCAGCAAAAGCGUAGGGAGAUGCAGCGCAGUGUGUAAAUCAUGGAACUCUCUCGUCAACACCUUCUUUCGCUACCGCACUCGCGACCACACUCGCUACCAAUCCAAUAACCACCACGACGAAGCUCAACUCCUCUUCCUUCAGUUUCACAAUUCCUCGAGCAUCAUCAACAGGCCUUACGCGUUGCAUCGAGAUAACUCUGCAUGUAACUUGUAUACCAAGCUUCCUAACCCGUUCGUAGCUUGCAACAAGUUACCUACUUGCCUCCGAGGAGCAAAACAAGUUGAAGAUGUUACUGUGAUGGGAACUUGUAACGGGCUAGUAUGCCUGGUUGCUGGUGAUGAUGAGAUUCACUUUGCUGCAUCAAUCUGGAACCCUUGUAUUAGAAAGUUGGUGGCUUUACCUAAGCCUGGCCUUGCCGUGUACAAAGAUAUUGAUCAGGUAAGAUAUGGCUUUGGUUAUGAUUCUUGCACCGACGACUAUAAGGUUUUGAGAUGUGUGAACCAUAAAUAUAUCCGCCAUAGCACUUGUCAAGUUGAGAUUUGGUCGUUAGCCAGAGGCUCCUGGAAGAGUCUUAGUUCUGCUGCUGAUCAUGUUAUCCUCCCUGCCAACUUUCAUCCUGGCCAGCUCUUCAAUAGAUCGGGUGUUGUGUUUGUCAAUGGCGCUCUGCAUUGGCUCCAACUUGCCAGAAACUGGAAGGUGAAUAAGAUGGAUUAUUUGAUUGCAUCGUUUGAUAUGGCGAGUGAGUUAUUUGGUGAGACAACGGUGCCAGAAGCUUUACGGAAAAAAUUAUACUCAAAACCGGAACAACGAGAGUGGUUCAUUUCAAAAUACAGAGAGUCCAUUGCCCUUGUUAAAAUUUGUAACGAUAGAGAUCGUUGGAUUGCUAAUCGUGUUGAGAUCUGGGUGAUGGCGGAGUAUGGUGUGGCGGCAUCUUGGGCUAACCUAUGUACUGUGCAGCUGCAACAUGUUUGGUUGAUGCCGCUUGGAUUUAAAUACUGCGGUCCGAUUGGUUUUAGAAGGAGUGGUGAAGUGGUGCUUAUGGAAGGUAGUGAUCGAUCUAUAUUGCUAGACCCUGAGUCCGAACAAGUUGAUUAUUUUGAAAUUGAUGAGAGCAACAAUCACUUGAAGUUCAUGGAUUAUUUUGUGGAGAGCCUUGUCUUAUUUGACCAACCCAAUGCUAUUUCAUACUAG